AUUUGUCCCAUGAUAACCCCGUCACCACGCGGCUUGAUGACGUCUCUUCUCCAGCCAACAUGGUGAAGAAACAACGUGGGGAAACAUCUUCGUCUCUAAAGAUGGAGAAACACUCGGAUAACUUCAAUUUGAUUCUUGAGUCCAGCGACGACGAGGCUCCAGAAGAAGUGACGUUUGAAGACUCAAAGGCUCAGGCUCUGAAGAGCAUGAAGCUCGCGCUGGACACCGCGAGGAGGGACAAAGAGCUGCUGAAAGAGAAGAGGAAGAAGAGACAGGAAUUAUUCCAGGAACAGAAGAAAAGGAAGCUCUUACCGGCCGCCGUGUUGGAGGAAAUCGACUCAAAGAAGCAGAAACAGUCUGAAGACGAAGCUGAAGACGAGCAGCAGGAAGCAGAAGGAGAGGAGAAGGAGACGAAGAAGAGGAAGAAGAGUGGGAAACUCGCUAAUGCCAGAAAUCUGAAGGGGAAGUACACGGUGCAGACGGUGAAGCACGGAGCCUCCAAGGCGUCUCAGCGUCAGAAAGCUGAGGACUUCCUGCAGAGCAGACUCUAUGGAGCGGGGAGCUGCCGGACCACAAGCAACGAGCUGCUGUCCCUGGAGAACAAGAAGGGGAGGAACAAAAGUGCAGCGGUGACGUUUGUCAAUAAAGACUGGGCCUGCAGUGAGAAAGCCAAAGCGGAGAAGCUGAAGAAGAGAUGGAUCCACAAGCAGCAGAUCCCCUGCUGACGACAUCAAAAUACCAUCCACCCACCAGAGGAGCCUUUAGGGUGAAUUUAACGCACAGAAACCUGGAGGAAGACAUCCGGAAAGGCGGUGGACGGACUGAUGUUCACUUUUUGCAGCAGCUCAAAUCCCUCAGUUCCUCGCGAAGAUUCAAGAUGCAUCCGUUCGAAAUGAUGUAAAAAACAAAUAUCACAAUAUUUCUGUUCGUACACCUCUAUCCACCGUGUGAAUAUAUUGGAGGGUUGGCUAUUGUUUUUGAUUAACAGUCUGGUACAGUUUGUAACCUUACUUACUUUAAUGCAGCCGAUACGACCAGGAAAAGAAUCUUGAUCUGUUUCGAUUUCACAAAUCUAACAAGAUAUCUAAAUAAAUUCAUUCAUUGUCUAACCCUACCUCUCUCCCUCUCUCUCUCUCCUCUCUCUCGCCUCCCUCUCUCUCUCUCUCUCUCUCUCUCUCUCUCCUCUCUCUC